AUGGCUUCGGGAGAGAGAGGGCAGGUGCGGGAAGUCCCCUUGUUAAAGGAUGUCGGGUUGGCGAAGAGGGAAGCCUUGUUCGUGCAGAAGGUGGAGCUGUGCACGGUGGUCUACCGAUUCGACAACGAGAUGGGCAUGGGCAACAACAUCGAUGCGACGGAAACCCGGGGGAAGGAGCUCAAGCGACAAACGCUGAUGGAGCUGUUGGAUUUCGUCAACACACAGCCGGGGGAGAAGAUGCUUACGGAGUCGUUGUAUCCGUGCAUCAUGCAGAUGGUGUCGGCGAACGUGUGUCGAGCGUUGCCCCCGGCAACCGACGACUUCGAUCCUGAGGAGGACGAGCCUGUCUUGGAACUCUCGUGGCCGCAUUUACAGUUGGUGUACGAGUUCUUUCUUCGGUUCGUUGUUUCGACGGAGGUCAACGCGAAGGUGGCGAAGAAGUACAUCGACCACAAGUUCUGCUUCCAGCUCAUAGACCUCUUUGACAGCGAGGACCCCCGCGAGAGAGACUACCUGAAGACUAUCCUCCACCGAAUCUACGGGAAGUUCAUGAACCACCGCUCACACAUCCGGAAAACGAUCGGGAACGUCUUCUUCCGGUUCGUGUACGAAACGGAACGUCACAACGGCAUCGGGGAACUGCUAGAGAUCUUGGGUUCGAUCAUCAACGGGUUCGCGAUCCCAUUGAAGAAGGAGCACCUGCUCUUCCUUCAGAAGGCGCUCAUCCCCCUGCACAAGCCCAAGUGCGUCUCCCUCUACCACCAGCAGCUGAGCUACUGCAUCGUGCAGUACGUCGAGAAGGAUCCAGAGACGGUCAUGCCGGUGCUAAGGGGGCUGAUCCGGUUCUGGCCAUGGAGUUGUUCCUCGAAGCAGGUGCUAUUCCUCAACGAACUGGAGGAUGUGUUGGAGCUACUCAUGGAUGAACAGCUUCAGCAGGUGCACGACAAGCUUUUCCACCUCCUGGCGCAAUGUCUCGCAAGCCAACACUUCCAGGUGGCGGAACGGACGUUGUUUUUGUGGAAUAACGAGCACUUGGUGAGCAAGGGCUGCUUCAGCAGGGGAUACACACACUCAAUACUGCCAGUCAUCUACGGCCCCCUCCACAAGCACUCGCUGGGGCACUGGAACAACACCGUGGAGGGCUUGGCGCAGAACGUGCUCAAGAUGUACAUGGAGUUCGACAUACAUCUCUACGAUAGGCGGAGGCGGCGCAAAGGAAGGAGGAUGCCUGCAAGAAGUGGGCGGUGUUGGAAGAAAAGGCUCUUUCAAAGUGAAAGGACUCCCCUCUCCCCUGUACAAGGCCCAACUCCCCGCCACCGGUACCAUUUGUGUGUCCCCCCAUGACGAAAGAGUGCACCAUGGGGCUGUGGUUUUAUUUAUUGUUCAUGCUGAUGCCUCCCUCCCUUUUGAUGGUUGAAUCCGGUGCGGUUGUUGGAAUCUAUCUCUCCCGCCGGAGGUUGGUUGCUUCUUCCCCACGGUUUACCCACAUGGUACGGCUUAGCACGAUUUCCUUGUGAUUUGCUGCUUGUCCGAGCGCGGGGAAAGGGGUGGGUUAAAUCACCUGCUGCGGGCCCCCCGCUUGCGACAAGAAAGUGCCAAAGAGCGGGUUGAAUUUUGGCGGAAGCUGGAGGAGUCAGGGCUUGAGAGCGAGGGAAAGAACUAGGGCGGCGGUGGUGGCCUUGGAACCGACGCUCUUUCAGCGUCGACGUUAUUGGCUGAAAGCUCUUGCACGGCCGAUGCUGUUGGCGGAAAACAAUCUCUCUUCUCAUCAUUAUCAUCAUCAC